AAUGCCGAGACAGGUAACUUUCAGUGGGGAGAGGACGACCAAUAGCACGUUGGACAGGGAUCCUCAAACUCCUAAAAAUGAAACUAGACGAAGCCUACGAUCCUCCGGAAGGCAGCAUGUUCCAACUCCGAAAAUGUCCACAAGGAAGAAAACAUUGUUCUCAGCUGCUGCUGCUGCUUCCUCUGAAGAUUUCCAAAUGUCGAGUGGUUCGAAUCAACGACAGGAAGACUCCGAUCUGGGACCGAUGAGCCCUUUGCGGUUCAGUAACAGUCCCAAGAGGGCACCAAUGAAAGCAAUGAAUAUAACUUCGUUCAGAAACAUACUGGGCAACGCGUCCCCGGAGAGCGAUCGUUCCCUAUCUCCGGACUUUGAACGUCGUUUUUCUCACUCGGAACGAUACGAAAUUCUGUCGGCUUCGGCAUCGAAUGACAAAGAGAACGACAACUCGGCAAUGCAACUUAUGGACGAAGAAACGCGACUUUCGUUUCCCAGCGGAAGUCGAAGCGGAACUCCUCGUAGAAUAACGGUUCGAACUCCGGCCGAAAAUGCUUUGCUGGAUGAGAACAACUCCAACAGUCUGUCGUUGCUGAUGAGCUCAGAUUUGAACAUUGUCGAAAAAAAGAGAGAACAUGUGCUCAAAACUCCGGGUAUGGGAUCCGCGAAUGAUCUUAAGAAGCAACCAACGAGAUCAUUUAUCCGAAAAUCUGGAGGUGAAGUUGAAACCGCAGAAACCCCUCCACAGAAAGCUAAAAGCCCUUCAUCAUCGUUACCGGGAACCAGUGAACGAAAAGCGCGGACUUCACUGUCAUUCAGCGAUCUUCGACCGAUAUCCACCAAGUCUUUCUACUCAUCUGUACCGGAAGUGCCUAAGGUUGCUGCUAAACCUUCAAAUGCGCCGUCUGCGUAUUUUGCCAUGAGACAUGGUCCCAAUAAAAGCAAAUCAACUCAGAAGAAACGGGGGAAACCUCAAAGCAACUCGAUACGUUUGGGCAGCUUCAACCGAGGAGUUUUCCAUAAAAUCAAAAAACCUCAGGCUAACAAGAAAAAAACGGCAGUCAAAAAGUUAUCGACCAGCCAAAUUCUCGAAACCACAUCUUCACUGCUCAUGUCCGACAAGUCAUUCGAAAAGUCAUCUAAAAAAGCUGCCAAAUCGGUGCCAACGACUCCCAAGAGAUCCCCACUGGCUGCCAAACAGGAACAACAGAAGCAGCAACAGCAGCUGCAGCACCAACUUUCUCGCAUUAAGAAAAUCUUCCAAAACACUAAGAACCCCAUCGAGCAAGCGCGACCUCUGUCCCUGUCCCGAUCUCUGGGAGACCUUUCGCAAAUUUCCCAGUACCCGGAAUCGUCGUUCGGAACCACCGAACCGGACACGGAUAACGAAGACGAUGGCACCUCGACCCAAGAUCAUUUGUCGGAGCCAGAUGUGAGCGAUGCCGACGAGGAGGUUGAUUCGACCAGGUUCGAUACCGGAAGUCGAAAAUUUUUCAAAUCUAGCUCGGCGCAUCGCAUUCGCCGGGAGUACAAGGUCAUCAACAACGUUUCGGCCACGGUGCGGAAGGGUGGCCGAAUGUCGCUGAAUCAGAGCACCAAGGGUCUGAAGAAGCGGAAGUUCAAGUCCAUGUUUGAGGAGGGUAAGUUGAGAGUUUUUUUUUAUAUAAUUUUAUGUAUAUAAUUACUUCUUCCACCAUUAUUAGAUAAUCAUAAGAAUAACCCUUACAUGAAUUGGAAACUCUUAUAUUGAACCUAACUUCUGAAUCUGAAACCUGAAAAUUUGGACGCUACCUGAACAUAACUUUAAAGGGUGUUACGUCAAAAUUUGGUCAAGGGAAAACGCGUAUAAAUCGGUGAAAUCGUUCAUUUAAAAAAUCAAAUUAAAUUUCUUUUUCAAGUUUAAUUAGUAUAAAAUUCAGGCACAAUAUUCAGUUAGACUUCCGCUUUUCCAAAUCCGAAUUGCCGGGCCUUACGCUUAACCCCUGCCAUCAGUUUUUGUACGGCCACCUUGUACACCUUCUUCGCCGCAGAAAGCCAGUUUGCCUUGAACUGCUGCUCGUCCUUAGCAGUUUUUUGGCCUUCUUUAGGUUCCGCUUGACAAUAGCCCAGUAUUUCUCAAUUGGGCGGAGCUCUGGCGUGUUGGGAGGGUUCUUGUCCUUGGGAACCACCUGCACGUUGUUAGCGGCGUACCACUCCAUGGCCUUUUUACCGUAAUGGCAAGAUGCCAAAUCCGGCCAAAACAGUACGGAACAACCGUGUUUCUUCAGGAAAGGCAGCAGACGUUUAUCCAAACACUCUUUCACGUAAAUUUCUUGGUUGACAGUCCCGGAAGCUAUGAAAAUGCUGCUUUUCAAGCCACAGGUACAGAUGGCUUGCCAAACCAGGUAUUUCUUCGUGAACUUUGACAGUUUCAUGUGCUUGAAAAUAUCGGUACCUUUUUCCUUCCUUUUGCCGUAUAAAACUCCUGUCCCGGAAGCUGCUUGUAGUCGGCUUUGACGUAGGUUUCGUCGUCCAUUACCACGCAGUCAAACUUAGUCAGCAUUGUCGUACACAGCCUCCGGGAUCGCGCUUUGGUCAUUGUAUUUUGUUUAUCAUCGCGAUUUGGAGUCACUACCUUCUUGUAAGUCUAUUGUCCUGCUCGUUUUUUGGCUCGAUGCACGGUUAUAGACGAUAUACCCAGCUUAUUUGCGGCAUCUCGGAGAGAGAUGUUAGGGUUUCGCUUGAAACUACCGGCAACUCUCUUUGUCGUCUCAGCGGCUUUCGGUUUUCGAUUUCCCCCCAAUCCAGACUUCCUGGCUGUCGACAAACGUUCCCUAAACACUUUAAUUACAUUUGUAACGGUUGAUUUGGCAAACUUUUAGCGAAUUUUCCAGCUUUGCGUGCGAGUAGCUCGGAUUUUCGCG